AGUUCCUCCGCGGAUACAUCGCUUACUGCCAUUGAACACGCACUACUAGUUACAGAUUCAUAUCCAUCUCUCCUCCCUGACGCUGCCAACAUGAGACUUUCCGAUACCAGCCCAGCGUCGAUAUCGCCUUCUCUUUUAGACGAAGCAUCCGAAGCGGGUCCGUCGUCUGCGGUAGCGUCUUUCAAUGGUAAUGGGACUCUCAAGAGCAACGGAUUCACCAAUGGCUAUUCGAACGGUUCUCCCAGGACAUCAUUUACGGACGGAGGGGGCGGACGUAGGUCAGACAGGCGUACGUCAACCAUCGCGAGAGUGACGCCGCCCGGGUCGACGCUUUAUGACGAUUCAUAUGUCGAUCGAGAGGAGUUUGUCAGAUUGGUCAUACAAAGUUUGCGGGAUGUCGGCUACAUUGAGUCAGCGGCCACCUUGGAAGCGGAAUCCGGUUAUAUUAUGGAGAGCCCCGAAGUAGCGGAGUUCCGCAGGUGUAUUUUGGGAGCCGAUUGGAAUAGUGCGGAAGCAGCUUUGUCGAAUCUGGGGGUGGAAGAUGAAGAAAGGCUAUGGUUCCUCAUCAGCCAACAGAAGUAUCUAGAGCUUCUGGAAGCGGGUAGAACAACUGCAGCACUUUCAGUGCUCCGCAACGAGCUCGCUCCCUUGAAUAUCGAUCCAGAACAACUACACUCAUUGUCGAGUCUUAUGAUGUGCUCUGAUCCGGAUGACCUCCGACAACGAGCAGAGUGGGAUGGGGCAUCAGGUAACUCACGGAGGCGGUUACUCAUGAACCUGCAGCAUAAUAUUUCGUCAUCUGUAAUGAUCCCUCAACGGCGAUUCGCAACGCUCCUAGAUCAAGUACGAAUCUGGCAACAAAGCCAAUGUCUUUAUCACAAUGCCCCAGUCAACGCACGGACCUUUUCACUCUAUAUCGACCAUGUCUGCGACAAGAGCACAUUUCCUCGCGUAACAACAGCUAUCUUGGAGGUGCACACGGAUGAGGUGUGGAACCUCGAAUGGAGCCACAGUGGCAGAUAUCUUGCUAGUGCCAGCAAAGAUAAGUCGGCGAUCAUCUGGCGGGUAGAGUUUGACAAAGAUCCUCUCAAACGAGAUAUAUCCCCGCAUCUCAUCCUUCGCGAUCACCCAUAUCCUGUAGGAUGCGUAGCAUGGUCGCCGGACGAUUCCAUCCUUCUCACCGCCGCCGAGCAGCAUAUAAAGUUAUGGAACACACAAACUGGUGUCUGCAUACGAAGCCUCAGCGCACACCAAGAUGUAGUGACUGCAUUAGCAUGGUUGCCGGAUGGGUCAGGUUUCUUCUCCGGUGGUCUAGAUCGCAAGAUUAUUCUAUGGGAUCCCGACGGGAAGCAGCGUGAUACUUGGGGUCAAAGUCCCAUCCGAGUGACGGAUCUCACCGUCGCCCCCGACUUUACACGUUUGGUUGCUGUGGGGAUGUACGGUGUCCCUACGCCUCCAUCUGAAACGGGUUUACCGCCUCCGGAGGGCGGCAACUCACCGCCCGUGCCUCGUCUGGAAACCCGGAUCGUCGUCUAUGACCUAACAACGAAACAGCUCGAGGCGUUCAUACCCAUGAAUGAAGAGUUGUCAAGUGUGAGGAUCUCGGAUGAUUCGCGGUAUGCGUUGAUCAGUUGUGCGUCUAGCGCGGAGUCUCCAUGUAUCCAACUGUGGGACCUUUAUACAGAGCAGGUGGUGCGCAGAUACACAGGCCACAAGCAGCUCCGACACGUAAUCAGGAGUCGUUUCGGUGGUAUUGACGGCACGUUCAUCGUAAGCGGCAGCGAAGAUGCGCAAGUGUAUGUCUGGCAUCGUGAAACAGAGACGUUGCUCGAAGUGCUCUCUGGACACGGCCCUGGCAGUGUUAACUCGGUCGCGUGGAAUCCUCGCAAUGAGAAGAUGUUCGCCUCGUGUUCCGAUGACCAUACAAUACGCAUUUGGGAAGCGCUGCCCACGGACGCGCUAGGCGUUUCGUCGAAUGCUGCUGAAUCGCAAGAGCAAGAGCUAAACGGCAAGGGCAAGGGCAAGAGCCGGGAACGGUGGGACGGCAACGGAGUGACUGAGGGGUAUGGACCUGGAACAUCGUCUACAGCAUCGAUGCUGUGAGGGCUCGCGCGGCUAGGUAGCUAGUUCUGUAAGCCACCUCACUUACGUAUGGAAUAAUUUCUUCGCUCAGUCGCUCACAUGACAUGAUGUUUUCAUAUAUUCAAGUGUACAUUCACAACGUUGACCAUUUUGCAUACGAGAUCUGUAGUCACAUAUAGACUGUACAAUCAUUCAGUAAUCUAUCAUGUUGAUGUCGUUGGCCUGGGAGUCACGGAAAGUCCUC